AAAUGCAAAGCUAGAUAUAGGCUCGCAAGAAAAAAAAGAUGGCUAAAAUAGGUAAGUUAGUCCGUGAAGUUGAAAUCAAAAGUGAUAUUAAUUUGGUCUAUGAAAUCUACAAGCACAAACCAAACAACUCUGCGGUCAUCGCCCCUGAUAAGGUUCAAGGUUGUGAUUUAGUUUCUGGUCAAUGGGGUGCGCCUGGAUCUGUCAUUCUCUGGCGCUUCAUCCAUGAUGGAAAAGUGGAAAGUGCAAAAGAAAUAGUUGAAGAAGUUGAUGACGAAUUACACAAAAUUGUGUUCAAGGUGAUUGAAGGAGGAGUGUUGGAGGUGUAUAAUCCCUUAAUCAUCACGAUUAAUGUUGAAGAUAUGGGCCAUAAGAAGUUGGUUAUCUGGACUAUGGAGUUCGAGAAGGUGAAUGCAAAUAUACCUGAUCCAACACCAUAUUUAGACUUGCUUUGUGCUGUGGUCGGAGAUAUGGAUGCUUAUUUUCUCAAGCGGCCAUGAUGGUAACAAUAAAAGAACCACAACCUGAUGAUGAUAGUCAUACCGUAGGAGAAUCCACUACCAGAGAAUAUUUUGUGUUACUGAAGUACCGAAGUGAAGAUGUCAACCAGAGUUUGUAUUUUCUUUUGUCAACCGCAAUUGGAAGCUGAAACGCAGAGGUUAUUAACGCAUGAAGACUAGUUUACUACGCUACUGGCUUAACUGGUUAGCUUGGUAUUAUCUUGUGAAUAUUAGAUGGUCGCUGCAAUAAGUAGUUUAAUAGUUUUUAUUUCAAUAUGUAACUUUCUGGGACUCUAUAAAUAGAGGAUCCCUCUUCAUGUAAUAAAAUACACAUUCACGAUAUUUUUGAACUAUUAUUGCAAUACAAAGAUCAUUCAUCUC